GAGAGGAAUAUAUUUCAUUUAAUUUUACGAAACAAAUAUGAACAAUCAAACAAUUUAUUUUUAUUGGAUUUCUUUAACAUUUUCCGUUUUGUGUUUCCUUUCUAAAGGAGAAGUGCUUAAAAAACCUGUUGGAGUAAGAAUUCCAUGUAGAAAUGGUAUCCUAGACCAGUUUGGUACCUGUUCAUGUCUGCCAUGUUGGGCAGGAGAAAAUUGUGACGUUCAAGUUAAUAACUAUGCACCCGAGUUUACUCAAUAUACUUAUGAAGUUAGCAUUAAUUCUCUCGAAAAUGACGAUAUAACAUUAUUUCAACCGGAAGUGAACGAUAAAGAUCGGAUCGAGACUUGCGGUGACAAUAAUGAACAAAGCUGUCCAUGUGCAGACCUUUUCUUUUCAAUACAUAACGAAAACGAUGGACUCUUUACUAUAAAUCCGAAAGAUGGUAGUAUAUCACUGAGUAAGGGUUCAACAUUACAAAAUGGGCAAGAUUAUAGACUUGACCUGUCUGUACGAAAUGUGCUGGAUAAAGGAGAAAGUAAAACAGGAAAGGCUAUUGUGAUAUUAAAGUCAAACAAAGACUGGUUGGCAGACCCAAUAAAUAGUCUCGUUGAACCAAGAAACAAUGGAUAUUCUCAUCACAUCGUCAAAAGAGCAGCGUCAAUGGCACCACAGAAUGUUACCUUUGUAUUGUCUAAGGUAUCACCCUAUGAUACGACGACAGACUUAUAUAUCGGAAGUCGGGUCAAAUUUCGACUUGAAAUUUCUUUUCCGGAACCGUCAACAGACAUGUUGGUAGAGCUAUUCACCCCUGAUAAUGACACCACGGUGAUGAUUUUAUGUGACAUAGAGGUCACUAAAGGUAGUGGACUCUCUAUUACUGGUUCGACGGAUGUUACCAUGGAGUCAAAAACAGCAGGCUCAGUACUGCAUGAUAGAGCAAUAAUAAACCUUGGAACUGUAACAGUCAACAGCUGCAUUAGCCUUGACGAAUGCACAUUAGUUAUCACAUAUGAAGCUGUCAUGGUAGACGAUACGGUACAGAACGGAAGCAUUUACUGGGUCAGCGCAGGCGCAGAAUACAACAAUGCCAAUGAAGUUUGGGUCGGGCAGGCGUCAUUUGCCACAAUCACUGAUACACUGGCUAUAACCGAAACGCCAACUUUUAAUUUCACUGGCCCGCCGACUUUUCCGAUUGGAUCAGCAGCCAUGUUUGAAGUUGAAAUGUAUUUACCUUAUCCAUCAACAGCCUUGAAAUUUGAUUCAUUUUCACCUCUGAAUACUUCAUCAGUUGUCAGUAUAUGUUCAGCAAAAAUUAAAAGCAUUGGUGAUAAUUUUAAGUGUGGUCUUGAUGAGUCAGCGAUCAGUAAAACUAUGUAUCAGGACAGUAACGGACUAGGAAAUAACAUUGCUCAUCUUGAUAUCGGAACUGUUAUCAAUAAAGCAUCACGAGACGUAUCGCAGGACACAGUAAGCAGCACAAUCAUAGUCGAAUUUGUUGCCCACAUGUACAAAGAUGUUUCAUUCGUCGGGCAAGAUUAUUGGAUGGGAGCUGCAUUUGAAAUGGGGUCAACUCAAAUUUGGGCUGCACAGCUUAAAUUUACUGGUGCUGCUGCAAUAGAUCCUUCUGGGAUGAGUGUACCAGUUCUGACCGCUGUCCUUUCCCCUGACAACAAUGUUAAUGUUGACGUACCAAAAGUGUUCUACCUAGAUAUGCUUGUACCAGAGGGUUCAACUUCUACAUACAUAUUAACUGUGCAGACGCCAAUCGACAACAACUUGCCAAAGUUUCAGCUUUGUAAAAUUUCAAUAAAACGUUUUGGUGGUAAUAUGCCUUGUGUCAUCCCAGAUGAUAACACAGUUUCGUAUGAGUCGACAGUUGGAGCAACCCAUGCCGAUAAAGGGACAUUAAGUUUAGGAAGUAUUUCUGAUUUACCAAUAUCACCAGGAAAUACCACAGAAAAUACCAUUACAUUCGAAAUUAUUGUAACACCACUUCAACAUACGGCUAUAACGACAUCUUCUUCUCAUGACGUAACGAUGACAAUCACCUAUGGAUCAGGAGCUACUGUUAGUGCCACAUCGCAAUUUGUUGUCCAAAGUACAAGCGCAGCUGCUGAUAUAUCGAACACAACAGUCCCUUCUUUCAACAUGACGUAUGCUGAUGGUCAAGAGGAAGUUAAUGUCGGUGCUGCUACGAAGGUUUACUAUGAUAUCACGACAAACAGGGACGUUACCUAUCCCUUGAUGAAUAUAGAGGCAAUUAUGCCACUGGGAAAUACUACUGCUAAACUGUCAAUCUGUAGGGCAAGAAUGACAAGUGUUGGUAAAAACUUACCUUGUGUUGCCCCAGAGUGGAUCAACACACUAUUUACUUAUUCAUCCAGAUUUAGUGAUGACCGAAAUGACAGAGCGAUACUUAACAUCCCAAAAGUAUGCAACAAAGAGGAUGUUAACAAUGCAGAUGAAGAUCUGAUGAGAUUGGAGUUUGAUAUUAGCGUUGAAGAUCACGAAGGAUUAGUUGAUGGAGCAAAAGAAUGGAUAAGUGCGGGAAAUAUGUAUAGCUCAACUAAAAUUUGGGUUGGUCAGCUCGCUAUAAUUUUAAAGACACCAGCUACUAUUUCUCCAAAUACUGCACCAUACAUAAGUCUGAACAGAAACUCUACCUUUACAACUGUUCCCAUUGGUAUGCCAAUCAUUUACAGUCUUCUGAUAAAAAUACAUCCGGGUGAAAGUGUAGAUCUGAUUAUGGAUGUAAAAUCUACAAACCCAGGAUUAAGUAUUUGUGGACUUCGUUUAAAAGAAGUUGGAGACAAUUUUCCAUGUGUAAAAAGGAGUAUAGAACCAACCUACACAGCAUUCAGUAAUAAUGGUGGAAAUACACAGGCUAGUUUGAAUAUGAGCAUUGUCACAAAUACAGGAACAACGACAGUUGCAUCUAAUGAUUACUUUGACAGCAAUGCUCUGAUAUUUGAAGUUAUAGUAAAGUUAUCCAGUGAUACCACGUUGGUCCCCGAUACUCAGCAAUUCCCAUUUACGGUUGAUGUUACAACCAGUACAGGUGGAGUUGCCACAUCUUUAAGUGACAAUAUACAGGCAACUUAUAACACAUCCGGAUUUGACUCGACUGUUACUCAGAGUGGCAGUUUUGCCUUUUCCGUUGGAGAAUUAUCCGGAAAUGAUACGGACGAUUCUGUGGCAAAAGGAGAAGGGAAAAGAUUCAUUGUUGAUCUAAUUCUGCCUGAAACUAACACUCAAAAGAUAUCUGUUAGCUUCAUCACCCCUGUGCUGACUUCAGGCCAGUUUGAAAUCUGCGACGCUGCAGUUAUUGUGGUUGGUUCUCACUUUCCUUGUAUAGAUAAAACAAGGAUUUCCCCGACAUUUCAAAGCAGACCUGGGUCGAUGUACAAUGACAUUGUAACAAUAGAUCUAGGCUAUGUAUGUAGUUCUGCGGUUAACGUUGGAGUUGACAAUCACAAUAAGAUUCAGAUUGAAGCAGUUGCACGAGUUUUGCCUGACGCUUCUUUGAAUGACGGAGAUGGAGUUUAUUUUCACGUGACUGUAAACACAAACGAUGCACAGAUCUAUGUUGCACAAAUGAAUCUCACGGUUACAGAUACUUUUGUAGAAAAACAGUCGCCAACAUUGUUUAACAAUGAUACAAUAUUGAUGGUAAACACAACAUCGCCGACAACAAUGACGGUAGGAGAAGUGGUAACAUUUCCGUUAGUAAUGAAUAUCCCGGCAAUGUCAGUUUCCAAUGUAAUAGUAGAUGUUAGUUUACCAAUCAAUGGCACAGCAGUUGCAAUUGUUAAAGAUAUAAGGCUUAUUUCUACUGGGAAGAAUAUAAAGUGCCUGUAUGAAAAUAUAACGAAGAAUGUUGUAUUCCACCCCAUUUACAACUCGUCAUUAGAUAAUUGUCAAAAUGACAAGGGAUAUAUUGAUUUUGGCAUUGUAACAAAUGCAGGUUUGUCAUACAGAAGAGAUGACGCAGAAUCCAAUGACAACGCUGUGAAUGUCGAGAUUGACAUCAUACUUAGUGACAAUGAAAUCACUGACAAUGGAGCAGGAUUCAAAUUUAGUUUCGGUGCCAAACUUGGAAGCUAUAUUUUCAUAGUUGAUCAUGACAUUACCGUGACACGAACUGGGUCAGAAUAUCCAAUUCUUAAAGUGGAGGCAGUAGUGAAUGAAACGCUGUCAACUAGCACAAAUGUUGUUGUGGAAGCCACCUUGCAUCACGAUGUCAACUCAACUGCGUUGGCUACUAAUGCUAGUGUCUUGUUUUACAUUCCUCCAUAUAUGAUACACACCAAUGUGGUGGUCAAUACAUCGACAUACUCAUCAAGUUACGAAAAUGGAGUAGUGAUAAUAGAGUUUGACAACGUGUUAUUCUGUGACGUCAUCAGUAUAGGGCUAACAUUAGCACCUAAUACAUCAUUGACGGUACCUGAAGAUGUGACGACUGAUACGACUGUUGUAUCAUACCAAGCCGGUACAUAUAUGUUUCCUAGAGUAGGAAGUUCGAUUACAGUAGACGAUUUCUUUACAACAGACAUACAACAAGUCAACUUUACUAUAAGUGUUAUUAGAUCUGAUGUAUGUGAUGGCUCACUUGGAAUGGAGGACGGAAGAAUAGACGAUUGUCAGAUAUUGUCAUCGGUAGAAGAUGAUCCUGCCAGACCCUCUUUCCAUGGCAGGGUAAAUGGAACAUCUGCAUGGAGUCCAUUUAAAAGAGGGAAACUGUUCGACAACUUACGAUUUUUUCAAGUAUACUUUGGAAAUAAAACAAAAGUUACAAAACUACUUGUGCAACAUAAAAGUGGGUUCACACACUACCCUACUAAACUGACACUGACCUACAGUGAUGAUGGAUACGCCUGGCAAAAUGGAGAAAUUGUGUCUAUUGUCGUGCCAUUUAGUGAGACAAUAGUUUAUCCAACACGUUUGGUAGACGCUCGAUAUAUACGAAUAUACAUAACUGAGGACAAUUCAAAUGGAGUCCCACCUGAUUUAGCUGUUAAAUUUGGUUUGUUUGGUUGUCACAUAACUGCCGACGCUCCCACAGAUAUAUGUUCUGUGGCUCCAAAACGAAGCCAUCCUACAGAUUUUUAUGAAAGAAGCUUUGGUGUAGGAAAUGGCAAAGUCAUUGUAUGUGAUGUUAAUCCGAAAGUGAAGGAUUCUCUGUCAAUGUGCCAUUCCUCUACAACGGGAUCAGAAUGGACACGAUUAAGCAGCAUACUUGCAAGUGUAAUUGGAUAUGAUUCGGAAGACAAUAAAUGGUUUGGUUAUGGUAUUGAUAAAUCAACAACUCUAAUGAGUGUUGAUGGUGGUCAAACAUGGCAAUCUGCAUCACGUGAAACAUAUUUAACCUCUAGAGACAAAACAUCAUUCCAGUUUACUAAACGUGUGCCAUGGCUAACUACAAAUUUAGAUAAUCCGUCAGCACCUCAUUCCGAUUAUCAAAUUUCUGGUUGGGGAGCCACAUAUAAUGGUAUGAUGCAAGGCUCUCUUGGUGUAUGGACAGCCAAACUUGAAUGGGAGCAAUGUUGUGUGUAGAUAACUAGAAUCAACUUAUAUCAAUUCAGGAAGCAAUUUUUCGUUUGAAAAAUAACGAUACUGCUGAAAUUUUACAAGAAAUGUAUAAUUUCCUUGUAUGGCGAAAUCCCCCGUACAUGAUGUCGUUUCGGGCAUUUAAAAAAUUAUAUAAUAGGAUAUAUGCAUGGAUAUGGCAGCUGGUAGUUUUAUAGUAAUAUGCAUGACCUUAAUUGCUAUUAUUGUAAUUAUUGCAACGCAUAGUAGUAUAAAGCGGGGCGAUUCAAAAAUGAAAACGAGAUAAAAUACUUUUAAGAUAACAUCAACCCAUUGUUGAUGACAGAUUUAAAUAUAAAAGGAAAUCUCAUUUAUUGUUAGUUUGUUAAUAGAUUUGAUUAAACUGAUCACUACAUAUAUAUCAUCAAUAUCAUUUAACAGAUUUUUGUAAAAUUAAGUACCUUGUCAUUGAUUUAUUACAUGUAACCCCAAUAUAUCUCUAUGCCCAAUUUCGUGAAAAUUUAUUUCCUAUCAGAAGGAGAUGAUAUAUUCUCCAAUGAUACCCUAUACUAUCACCAAUAAAAUAUUUAUGACAAAUUCUUACAAUAAAUAGUACAGUACUCUUACAACGAUUCAUUUUAAUGAAUCAGCAUUUGUUAUGAUUUUCAUUUUUCUUUCUUUUUUAAAUUCUUGAAACGUUAGUUUAAAUCGUUUGUAGAUCGCGAAUUUACAAUUUAUAUUCCCAUAGAGGAUCUGAUUAAUUCAGUUGAUAAAAUGGUAAAUAUCUUUAAAUAAUGAAGUUUUUUCUCUCGCCUGUAUAUAUGCAUGUUUUCUCUCUCCUGUAUAUUGUAAUUUUUUUCUUUCUCCUGCCUAUUGCCAUGUUUAUUUCCGGUAUCUUGUUUUUAAUUAGUAUUCAAAAUAAGUAGAUACAGCUGCCAGGUUGCUAAUAAUAUACACGGACAACUAAAGUUUGAUAGGAAUGAAUUUUUUUUUGGAAAACAGGCAAAAUUAAAUUGAAAAGUUUAGAUAUCAAAAUAUAUGUUCAGGUAGAAUAUGUUUAUUUAUUAAUUUACUAGAUUUUUGAUAAGAUUAUUAAAUUUUUAUUAUUUAAAUUAUAAAGACCAUGGAUGUGAGUAAAUAUUAAACGAUAUUUUAAAUGGUAGACCAUCAGUCCCCGGGUUUAUCAUCAGCUCAGUGGUCAGUACUUCGGUACUGACAUGAUUUAUCACAAACCUUUCUAAAAUUGCCCAUUUAUAAAUUAGAAAAAAAACAUAAGGUUUCAACUCUCUCAGCCAGAGUUGACCAUAGAUGGAUUUGGCUAAUUUUUUAUGUUAUUUUUGGUCAUAUAACUCUUCAGCUGUUUCGAUUCUUAUAAAUUCUUAGCUUUUAAGUAUUCGGCUUUGGGCGUUCCGGAUGAAGGUAAAUCCAGAAAAGAGAUUCGGACGCAUGAAGUUUAUAAAAUUUUGUGUUCGUAUUUUUUAAAACUUAUCGGUCAGUCAAUAGCAUUUUGAGGGUGAUACCGAUAUUAUAAUCUGGACUGUGUUGCACAAACGUCCAUUCACGUUGAACGUCGCUCAAAUUUUAAGUGUUAAUUAAAUCUGUUGCAUUUUUUAAAGAUUUGAUUAACACUUUUGAAUUCAUAGAUUAUAGAAAUGAAAUACAACAACAUCAUAUGCUUCUGUUUUGCAUCCAAAUUCAAUAGAAUUUUGCCAUUAAAUUUCCUUAAAGUUAAUUUAUUUAUUCAUAAAAAAUCGCCUAAAAUAGAAAUUCUUAAAUGAACAAUUUAAAAAAAGUAUGUUGAACCAAUUCUAAUAUAUUUAAGAGAAAUAUUAAUAUUCUAGUCAAACUUACACAUAUAAACUACAAUAGACACAUGGAUCUUCAAGAUAAAAAACAUACAAACGAGACUAGUCGAAUAAAAUUAUGAAAUACAACCUCGUAAUAUUUUAAGUUAUUUGUAAACACUUCAAACAUAAUAGUAUCAUUAUUCGAAACGGUAUUUGAUGCGAUAAUCAAAGUCAAACGUCGUCAAAUUGUUUUAUGUUACGAUUAGAUUAAAUUAACCGAGCUCGAUAUUAAUACCCGUUUUGACUAAAAAGUCCUUAUUAAUAUCUGCUUCGUGGGAAUAUAAGUUCUUCUCAAAUAUCAAAUAUCAAUUAUUAUUUUUAUUUUAUCAUUCUAAUGCAAACGUUUUAAUAAUUUGCAUAGGCCUAUGUGUAGAAAUGAAUGAGCUUUUUUUUUUUUACCUUUGAUAAAUAUUUGCUUUGAAAGAAAACAGUCAUUGUUCAAAGAAUUUGUUAUACAUGAAAAUUAUGCAACUGUACACUAAAAAUAUCUUUGAAAUAUUACAAAUAUCGCGGCACAUUAUUCUGCAUUUACUUUCCAAGCCAAAGUGUCACAAUGCAUUGUGAAAUGUUGUUUUCCAUGUGAAUGGCCGUUUUAAAUAAUUCACGACAUUUCGUCAAUUGAUUACGGUUUUAUAUGCCAUCCUUUUGUAAUUAUAUGUUUGAAAAUAUUAAAUCAAAAAAUGAGAAUGAGAAAUCGCCCCACUUGUUAAACAGUCGUUAUAACAAAGAUUUCAAAAGGGCAAAAUGAACCCCACUUAAAAAAAAAACGACGGUGAUCUCAUGUGCUCUGGAAUGGUGAGCAGAUCCACAUGUUUUACCGUUCAUUUUGUUCAUAUUUAGUACAAAUUAGACGAUAAAGUGUCAUUCAGCGAUGUCAGUCUAGGAAAAGAGGACGAGGUUAUGGUUACGACAAUUAGAACAUAUCCGUGGUCAUCUCGGAAAGACAUUUCAUAACGGUCAACCAACUCGUGACGGCGUUUGUAAAACUUUCGAAUGGGUGACUCCAACUUUAAAAAAAAUUAUUUUAGUCCGCGUCUAAAAAAUUCAGUUUAGGGCUAAAAAGUCAAAAAUAAUUUUGAUCAUUUAUAUCUAUCAUGUAACAUUUUCGUUUAAAUCAUGAACCUUUCUGUGUGAAAUCUUGUUUUUAUUUAAAUAGCUAAAGCCUGUGAUGUAAAUAUUACAAUUUGGAACCAGAACCAUUACAAUAUUACUGUUAAAAGCAUUUGUUGAAUAAAAAGAAUUUGCUGUUUUA